UAUUGUUCAUAGUAUAAAAUGUCUAUGUCAUGUAUAAGAUAGGUAUUCUAGGUAUAGUGACUUGUGAGUCAAGCUUUAUGCCAAUGGGGAACAAGUGUGGCAAUCAUCAUCAUCACAACCACAAUGUGGAGCUGCAAAUGGAGAUGCCACAAAUUGAGGCUACAAAUGAAGAUGCCAUCAAGUUGUAUCAUUAUUUACUUCAAAUGUAUCCCUAUAAAUACCUCCUUUGAAUGAAAUGAAAGACACACUUGAAUCUCUGUUCUCUCUCUCUCUCUCUCUCUCAGUUAAAUUUUGCUUGUCCUUAAACACGUUAUCAGCACGAGCUCCUAGCCCUUGCUAGCCAUACCGUGCGCUGCCCCUGCCCUCGUUCCUGUGCAGAUCAGUCCGUUUGCACACCCCGAAACAUCUUGAUCGGGACCUCAGAUCAAAAUCCUUCCUUCAUCAAAGUUGUUCGUCUCUGUCUUUUCUAUUGGACCUCCAAAUUUCAGCCUUAUUGGAGUGUUUUUGAGACCUGUACAUCAUUUGAAGUGGGAGUUGUUCAGCAUGCUGGUUCCUGUGCAGAUCAGCCUGCUUGCACGCCCCGAAACAUCUUGAUAGUGAUCUCAGAUCAAAAUCCUUCCUUCAUCAAAGUUGUUCAUCUCUGUCUCUUCUAUCUGACCUCCAAAUUUCAGCCUCAUCGGAGUUGUUUUGGGACCUGAACUAUUCCGUCAAAAAGCAAGCAGCACCUCCUGCCGAGUCCCUGCGCAGCAGCUGCCGAGACGCUGCGCAGCAGCUGCCGAGACCCUGCACAGCAGCUGCCGAGAAGCUGCCGAGCCACCUGCCAUUCCGGCAACUUUCCGGACACUUUUCCGGCGACUUUUCCGGCGACUUUCCGACACUUUUCCGGCGACUUUCCAACACUUUUCCGGCAACUUUUCGGACACUUUUCCGGCGCUUUUUCCGGCGACUUUUGGGCAACUUUUUCGGUCAUUUCCGACAACACUAUUUCAAGGAUGUCGAAUGAACCUAGACUCGAUUUUCAAAUCCUUGACUCAACUGGUUCGGAUUACCAUAGUUGGAAAACCGACGUUGAGAACCAUCUCACAUCAAAAGGGAUAUUGCCCAUAAUCCAGGCACCAAACGCGGGCCUUGUGUUCCAACGAACACCCAUAAAACAUGCACAAGCAAUUAUCUUGAUGCGACGCCAUAUGGACAAAGCACUCAGAUUGGAGUAUAUGUCCAUCAAAGAUGCAAGGGACCUAUGGGUAGCGCUAGAAGGGCGCUUUGAUAAUAUCCAAGACUCCCUCCUCCCUGACUUGAAGGUUCAAUGGAACAAUUUACGCUUCUCCGACUUCAAGUCUGUUGCUGAAUACAAUUCAGAAGCUCUUCGGCUAAGUGCCAUGCUGAAGUUCUGUGAAAAACCUCUCACAGAAGAAGAGCUAAUUGAGAAGACUCUCUCCACCUUCCCCGUCGCAGCAAUUAUACUAUCAAAGCAAUAUCGCACCGAAUAUAAUGCUGGACGACUUACGAAGUUCAAUGAGCUUAUCAAUAUUUUGUCGGUAGAUGAGAAGCACGACAAUAUCCUUGUAAAGAAUUAUAAUUCAAGGCCCGUAGGAACCAAAAGCGUUCGUGAGGCGAAUUAUAAUGCACCCAAGAAAGGGCGCAAGGGGCGGUACCCUACUAAUAAGGGGCAUGUAUACCCUAACAAGGGACAUGACGGACGCAUGGGUCCAUACAACCGCCCCAAUAAAGAAGGAAACCGUAACUUUGGAGCGGGCACACGUGGUGGCAAAUCCACACGUGGGAGAGGAGAAUAUAACAACACCAUGGGCCGUGGAGGUCGCAUAAUACGCCGUGGUAGUAGCAGCAACAACCCGCCUAGGGAAUAUCCACAACGUGCACCUCAAAUAAAGAAAGUCAACCACAAUGACGUGUGUCAUAGGUGUGGAUCAAUCGAGCAUUGGUUUAAGCAAUGCCAAGCAAGUACACAACUAGCUGCACGCUACAAGGCGUACAGAGAAAUGAGGGAGCAAGAAGCUCACCUUGCUGAAGAAGAUGAUGGUGAAGAUGUAAUUCUCACCAUAAAAGACUUCAAAGCUGAAAAUGAAGAGCACGAGGAUGCCGCAGACUUUGAUUAAAAUAGUCUUUUCUAUUUUCCAAUAAAACGGCAAAUGUGCCUUAGUCAAAUAACAAUUGUAUUGACUCUUUCUUA